UAGGACUUCGUGGGAGUCGUUAAGAGAGAGCGUGCGUUCGUUGAAAUCCGUAAGGGACAGGAAGGGGUAUUCUUUCUGUGGGAAGAAUCGGUUAGUGGGGAGCUGAUCACGGGAACGCUGACGAUGGAUGAUAAGCUGGAUGACGAGGCCUGGAGGCAAUGCACAGUGCACUUUACAGUAGCGCAACGCAAAUUGCCGCUGUCUGACACCGACAAAAGAAGCGAGAUAGUUUCCAACUUUUGCCUAUAUGCAAGAAAUCGCGAGUGAAGAAUGUCUGCAGUGAAUUGUAUGCGAUAGCGGUACUCUCGUUGCCAAGACCGGAAUAUCCGACUAGAAAUGUCGCACGAGACGAUUUAAAUGUUGUAAUGCGGACGAAAAGUUCUCUCAAUAUGUCGGCAAGGAUAUGAAGAAAAAAAAAAAAAAGGUCGAGCGAUUCUCCAUUUCCGGUACCCGCAAUACAACCCGCAUUCGUCAAAAGGAUACAUUCAAAUCCGCUCCAUUUUCGCCGAUUGCGACCGUCCCAAACCAGUCUGCCGACCCGAUUUGUAAUUCACCAGGACCGACACCAAGCCAUGUAACAACAAGGUCGCAUGCUCGAAAAGAUAUUUCAUUUAUUCAAAAAAUGUGGAUAGUGUGGAGUCGAAAGUGUGCGGUCGGGUAUUUUGGGAGGAGAGCCAAGUGGGUGGGCUGGCUGGGCGACCAAAGGGAAAACCCCGAGAAAUGGCGUGGGAGAAGUGGCCAAGGCAGAAAGCGAGAGAGCACCGGCGCACGCACGUACGUAUCAAGGCAGCAUUCAUCACCGCAGAUCGAUAAGACGAGCCUCGCUCACAGUUGUAGAACGACCGUCUAGGAAGGAGAAUGGGAGAGUCGGGCUUUUCUUCCUCGUGAAAUGAUUUGACUGUCAUGUCCGUCCGUUGUCCAGGCCUCGGCCAUCCAUCCCCAACCGAAGAUAACAGGGAAAAACAAAAAAAAAAAAAAAAGCAAACUUACCAGACAAGAUCAAAUCAACCUUGCUAAAUAAAAAUGAAUCACAGGGGGAAUUGUCGUGGCGCAA